UCGUACUGUUGUUUCGGUUGUUAUUCUAAUCAAGAUGGCUGCUGUUGUCGGGGAUGGAGAAUAACCGCAGACUGUUAUCCGAAAACAGGCCGAAGAAACGCACCUAAAACCCGAACCCCGAACCGGAACCGGGCUAUUCAGGCUGAAAGCUGUUCUUUUCUAAAGAGGGCGCAGUGAGGAACCGCAGACAUGGACACCACCACGUCCAUCAAGAUGACCACUCUGGCCAUCCAGAACCUGUUCAGCUACGUGGAGGAGGAGAACCUGGCCGCCAUGAAGGCUCACCUGGACCGCUUCAAGGAGGUGGAUGGCCGCAGUGACAACGGCCAGACGCCGCUGAUGCUGGCGGCGGAGCAGGGCAGCCUGGAGAUCGUCCAGGAGCUCAUCAGGAGGGGAGCCAACGUCAACCUGGACGACGUGGACUGCUGGUCGGCUCUGAUCUCUGCAGCCAAAGAGGGUCACCUGGAGGUGGUGAAGGAGCUGCUGGAGAGCAGCGCCUACAUCGAGCACAGAGACAUGGGCGGCUGGACGGCGCUGAUGUGGGCGGCUUAUAAAGGUCGAGUGGAGGUGACCCGGCUGCUGCUGGAGCAGGGAGCCAAUCCCAACACCACGGGACAGUACAGCGUGUAUCCCAUCAUCUGGGCAGCGGGACGGGGACACGCCGACAUCGUCAAGCUGCUGCUGGAGCACGGAGCUAAAGUCAACUGUUCAGACAAGUACGGCACCACCUCCCUGAUCUGGGCCUCCAGGAAGGGACACUACGACUGCGUGAUGCACCUGCUGGAGAAAGGAGCCGACGUCGACCAGGAGGGGGCGAACUCCAUGACGGCGCUGAUCGUGGCGGUGAAGGGCGGCUACACGGAGGUGGUGAAGGAGCUGCUGAAGAGGAACCCCAACGUCAACAUGACCGACAAGGACGGCAACACGGCGCUGAUGAUCGCCGCCAAGGAGGGCCACACCGAGAUCGUCCAGGACCUGCUGGACGCCGGGACGUAUGUCAACAUUCCCGACCGGAGUGGGGACACGGUUCUGAUUGGGGCGGUGAGGGGCGGCCAUGUGGAGAUCGUCAGAGCGCUGCUGCACAAAUACGCCGACAUCGACAUCAGAGGACAGGAGAACAAGACGGCUCUGUACUGGGCCGUGGAGAAGGGAAACGCCAUCAUGGUCCGGGACAUCCUGCAGUGCAACCCCGACACCGAGACGUGCACCAAGGACGGAGAAACGCCGCUGAUCAAAGCCACUAAGAUGAGGAACAUCGACAUCGUGGAGCUGCUGCUGGACAAAGGAGCCAAAGUGUCGGCUGUGGACAAGAAAGGAGACACUCCGCUCCACGUCGCCAUCCGCGGCCGGAGCCGCCGCCUCGCCGAGCUGCUGCUCCGCAACCCCAAAGAUGGCCGCCUGCUGUACCGGCCCAACAAGGCCGGGGAGACGCCAUACAACAUCGACUGCAGCCACCAGAAGAGCAUCCUCACCCAGAUCUUUGGCGCUCGUCACCUGUCGCCCACGGAGACGGACGGCGACAUGCUGGGCUACGACCUGUACAGCUCGGCUCUGGCCGACAUCCUGAGCGAACCCACCAUGCAGCCGCCCAUCUGCGUGGGUCUGUACGCCCAGUGGGGCUCCGGCAAGUCCUUCCUGCUCAAGAAACUGGAGGAUGAGAUGAAGACAUUUGCCGGUCAGCAGAUCGAGCCGCUCUUCCAGUUCUCCUGGCUCGUCGUCUUCCUGUCUCUGCUGUUCUGCGGCUCCGUCGCCGUCGUCCUCGGCUUCACCGUUGACCUCAAGCUGGCCAUGGCCGUCUCCCUCAGCCUGCUGGCGCUGCUCUACCUCUUCUUCGUGGUAGUGUACUUCGGCGGGCGGCGCGAGGGCGACAACUGGACGUGGGCGUGGCUGCUGAGCACGCGCCUGGCCCGCCACAUCGGCUACCUGGAGCUGCUGCUGAGGCUGAUGUUCGUCAACCCGCCGGAGCUGCCAGAGCAGAGCACCAGAGCCCUGCCUGUCAGGUUCCUGUUCACGGACUACAACCGUCUGUCCAGCGUGGGAGGAGAGACGUCCAUGGCGGAGAUGAUCGCAACGCUGUCGGACGCCUGCGAGAGAGAGUUUGGUUUCCUAGCAACACGACUCUUCAGGGUGUUUAAGACGGAGGAGACACAAGGUAAAAAGAAGUGGAAGAAGACGUGCUGCGUGCCGUCCUUCAUCCUCUUCGUCUUCGUCCUGGCCUGCCUGAUCACCGGCAUGGCGCUGCUGGCCGUCUUCAGGGUGGACGGCGAGAACCAGACGGUGAACGCCGUGCUGAUCGCCAUCGGCAGCGUGGUCGGCCUCGCCCUGCUGCUCAACUGCAAGACGUGGUGGCAGGUCACCGACUCGGUGCUGAACUCGCAGAGGAAGAGGCUCCACGGCGCCGCCAACAGGAUGCACAAGCUGAAGAGCGAAGGCUUCAUGAAGGUGUUGAAGAACGAGGUGGAGCUGAUGGCGAGGAUGGCGAAGACCAUCGACAGCUUCACGCAGCACCAGACCCGGCUGGUGGUCGUCAUCGAUGGUCUGGACUCCUGUGAGCAGGAUAAAGUCCUGCAGAUGCUCGACACGGUCCGGGUUUUAUUCUCCAAAGGUCCGUUCAUCUCCAUCUUCGCCAGCGACCCUCACAUCAUCAUCAAAGCCAUCAACCAGAACCUGAACAGCGUCCUGAGAGACUCCAACAUCAACGGACACGACUACAUGAGGAACAUCGUCCACCUGCCCGUCUUCCUCAACAGCAGGGGGCUGUCCAGCGCCAGGAAGAUCUGCACCGCCGCGCCUGCCAACGGGGACGCCGCCAACUCUGAAGUGGGUUGGCAUGAGGAGCUGGACAGGAAGUUGUCUCAGCACAGUUUGGGAGAGUUAACAAAGUUCGGCAGCAAGACGACGCUGAACCGCCGGGACACGUACCGGCGGCGCCAGGUGCAGCGCUCGGUGACGCGCCAGAUGUCGUUCGACCUGACGAAGCUGAUGGUGACAGAGGACUGGUUCAGCGACAUCAGCCCGCAGACCAUGAGGCGGCUGCUCAACAUCGUCUCCGUCACAGGUCGCCUCCUGAGAGCCAAUCAGAUCAGCUUCAACUGGGACCGGCUGGCGUCCUGGAUCAACCUGACAGAGCAGUGGCCCUACAGGACGUCCUGGCUCAUCCUCUACCUGGAGGAGACCGACGGCGUCCCUGACCAGGUCGCGCUCAAGAGCAUCUAUGAAAGGGUGUCCAAGAACAUCCCCACCACCAAGGACGUGGAGCCGCUGCUGGAGAUCGACGGCGACGUCCGCAGCUUCGAGGUCUUCCUGUCGUCACGGACACCGGUCCUGACCGCCAGGGACGUCCGCACCUUCCUGCCCUGCACCGUCAACCUGGACCCCAAGCUGAGGGAGAUCAUCGCAGAUGUGCGUGCGGCGCGGGAGCAGAUGAACCUGGGUGGGGUCACGUACCCCGCCAUGCCGCUGCAGGAGGCCCAGCCCCGCCCCACCUCCGUCUACAGCCAGGUGUCGUCCGCCUGCUCACCCUCUGCCUCCUUCAGCGGCCCCUUCAACCCGCCAGCAGGGGGCGUCAUCUCCCCGCAGCCCCACAGCAGCUACUACAGUGGCCUGGCCGGCCCGCAGCACCCUUUCUACAACAGGCCAUAUUUCUCCCACCACCUCUACCAGCUGCCACGCCCGUUCGUGGCUCCCUUCCCUCCACAUCUUCACCUGCGGCCGCCGCCCAAAGUCUCCUUCAGCUGGGACGCCGGCGCCGCUGCAGCCUCUAAGAGUUCAUCUUUUAAAAGGAAGCAGGGCUCGGCUUCGGUCGUGUCGGGUGUUCCCGCGGUCCUCCUCAGCUCCAUGACGACGGACGGAGUCUGUGAGCGCGUGCGGCAGACCGAGGGCAUCGACCAGAGCAUGGUGGCCCAGUACACCGCCACCAUCAAGAAGGCCAACGUGAACGGCAGAGUUCUGUCCCAGUGCAACAUUGAUGAGCUGAAGAAGGAAAUGAACAUGAACUUUGGAGACUGGCAGCUCUUCAGAGCCACGAUCCUGGAGAUGCGUCAUAUCGAGAGUCAGGUGCUGCAUGAGGAAACCGCCAGCGAGCAAGGCAGCGUAGUCGGUGUCCCCACGGAGGUCGGAAGGCGGGCCAUGGCGCCGCCUCUCGCCGGAGCCGCCAACGCCGACGCGUCACCGAUGUACAGCUUCAACCUGAGCUUUGAGGAGCUGAGCGGCGUGGGCCUGGAUGAGGCACCGCGACCCGGAAACAUGCCCUGGAUGGGUGGCGCUCACCGAACAGCCAGCAUGACCAGCCUGAACUCGCAGGAGUCGUCCAACGACAUCGGCAAGCUCACCGACAAGCAGCAGGCCGAGUAUCGCAACGCCUACCAGGAGUACAUCGCCCAGAUGGCGCAGCUGGAGAUGAGCGGAGUCGGGGAGAAGCCCGUCCAACCGCAGCCGGGGCAGUUCAUGACAUCAUCAGCCGGGGACAAGAGCAAGGACAGCACCGAGCAAGAUGGACGAAAGUCCUUCAACAAGAGAAGCAGCGCCAAACUGCCAGCUGACAACACCGACUUCGCCUCUAGUGGCGACGCUCUGGAUCCGAUCACCGAAGAGGAUGAGAAGAGCGGAUCCUCAAAGUCGCUGCUGACCCGCAAGCUGUCGGCCGAGAGAGGUGGGCUGUUCCAGGGCGCCGGCGACCUCAAGGUAAAGGCCGGUGGCGGCAGUCUGCGCUACCAGAAGCUGACCAGUGACGACGAGGAGUCCGAAGAGUCUGACAACCCCCUACUGCCGAAAGACGGCAAGAAGCCGGUCGAUGCCAAGCUGCCCGGCGGGUCACUGGCGCUGAAGGGGAAGGAUUACCUUUCAGACGCCAUGUUGGAUAAGAAGGAUUCGUCUGACUCUGGCGUGCGCUCCAACGAAAGCUCGCCCAACCACUCGCUUCAGGACGAGGAGGCCGACCUGUCGCAGCUGGAGAGAGCCAACUUGAUCGAGCUGGACGAGGAGAGUGCUGCCAGGAAGCGCGGCAUUCCCAGCAGCCUCAGCGGCUUCCAGGACCCGGCCGUGACCCGGAUGUCCAUCUGCUCCGAAGACCAGUGCAGCCUGCUGGCCAGCAGCCCCGAGGAGAGCUGGACCUCCUCCAAGAGCUACAACCUCAACCGCACGCCCAGCAACGUCACCUUGAACAACAACACCAACGCCCAGCAGGGAGGCCGCCCACGCCCGCCCACUGAGGGCUCCACCUCCUCCAACCAGACCUCCACCGGGGACGUCAUCAUCCCACCAACCUCCACCACCACCAGGCCCGGCCCCAACAACGAGAACGUCCGAGUGGUCCACCUGAAGAGAGGCCUGAAACCCGGAGACCCUCCAGAGAUCUGCACCGUGUCCUCUGACACCGUCACCUUCGGCGAGGAGCGCGAGAGCAUCCUGUGACCGCAUGAUGAAGACGGAGGAGAGCCAUCUUCUGUAGUUGCAUGCUUUGUAGUGUCGUAAAGAAUCUUCUGCAUGUUGUUGUUGUGAUGUUCUCGUCUGUAGGAACCAACUCCUGUCCUCAAGCGACGGUGUCCUCCGUGUUUUAGAUGUCUCUUAAGCUACAGGUUGAACCAGGACAGGGGUCUUCAACGCCAGGGCACCAUUAAGUAAAAAGUUAUUUGCGCUAACCCUAAAGCAGUAAUCCUAAGUAUUAGUUCAGCAAUCACUAGAGAGCUAUGCCAGCACAGUAUUUAAUGAAAGCUAAAGCACAAGCUUCAACCAUGUUGUCAAUGACACAUGUUCCAGCAUAUUAUACACCUACCUGUACAGUUUUCCCUUACGCAGAUGUCAAACUUUAUUCAACUGAAAGUACAAAAUAGCCAAGUAUAUCAACGCUUUAGGAUUUAUGGGGGAAAUAACUUUAUAGAAAGGCUAGGUAUUCUCAAAGUCAGCAAAAAAUGCUAAAGCGCUUAGCUAAACAUUUGCUCCUCUGUUGACAGAUUGGCGGAAGUGUGCCCUCACUUUAGUUUACAUUUGGGAGCUGCAGCUCCACUUCAGCCGUGGUUUCACACAGGUCAGCUUGGAACUAGGCUGAGUACGACAUCAAACAUGUCAUAUUACUGUGCACUCAAUACAAAUUCUUUAUAUCACUUUUUAUUUUAAACAUAAGUUUGAAAACCAACAUGGUAGGCUAAUAAUGUAAUUGAAUGCAUAAUUUUAUGCCUCUGUAGCAUCAUGUAUCAAGCUGAUAUCGCCGCUAACGGGUUAGCAGUUAGGUGCUAAGCUAGCGGGGCAACUAGCAUGCUAGCGACAAUACCCCAACACUGUAAAACGCUUAUUUCACUCUUAGUUAAUGCAGUAACAAAUGUAUGAUAAACACUUUAUUGUCGUCAUCAUCGUGUAUAAGACGGAGACUUUACUAUUUAUGCACUUUAUCGGUGAGGCUUGGUAAAGCACCAAACCGUCUGAAGGAAACCACAGCCACCUUGUGGUGUAACUCAGUACUACAUUCCACUACUUUCACCGCCUUUUAAUUAUGUUAAACGACCAAUAAAAUCAAUGGUCACACCUUUGUAUGUGUCACAUCAUAUUUUACCAGGUUGUUACAUGUUGCCGUCCCUGUAGGACUGACGUUGGAAACUCCGACUUUAGACUAAGAACCGUUGAUGUGACGUAGAUCAUGUUAGCUUAGCAUGUUUGUGUUUCACUGAAAUAGUUUCGUGCUGAAAGUUUUGCUGCUUGCUCUGAGUUUGGUCGGUCAGUGUUGAUGUUGCUUUGCUGCUACCUGGACCAGGUGUCGCUGUUUCCUGCUAAAAUAAAUGGACUCGAUGUUAAACUUGUGGAUGUGUUGGUGAAGCUGUUCCAUUUAGAGCUGCUUUUAUUCUGAAAAACCUUAAAUGUUAAAAAAGAUAAAAGGGUCGUUUGGGCCAAGCAGGUAUCAUGCGGUUUCAUCAUGUUUGAAUCAGUGGUGAAAAGAAACAUUUUUAGAUUCUUCUAAAAAUCUAACUUUCUAGAAAAGAGUCUUAAAAUUAUGAACAAAUUUAAAGUAUACCUAUCAAACUUCCUGAAUAAGCUGUCCAUUCAGAAUAAAAGUCAGACUGAUGAAUAAACAAGCUGUUAUUUAAAUCUGUUAAGUAAAAUGGUGUUGAUGUUGUAUGUGACCACUAAAAACACUCAAUAAAACCUGGAUGUUGAACGUU